GGAUGGGAGGGGGGUCACAACGACCUCUGCCAUAUUUUCAACCGCAAUCCUCCAGCGAGGAAAGGUACUUUCGUUUCAUUUUGUGUAUUUGUUAUUUUAUUUUCCGGAGGACCCUUGCAAGAUUUUUCACGGCGACAAACUUUUGAGAAGCAAUUUUUGUCGAGAUAGGACUUUGAGAUUUCGACGAAAGACCCUCGUCAGUGUCCUGGAGAGCAACAGAGCGUCUCACCUCAACUUUUUUACUCUCACUGUUAACUAUCCAUCAUCAUGGUCGAUAUCUUUGGAGAGAUUGAAACGCGACUCCCACGUUUCGAAUUUUGCUGCGUUCCGCUAAGAUUGUGUGCCAUUCUGGUUGCGAUCUAUCAUACGGUGUCGGUCAGCUACAUGGUAUUUUAUCGGAUCCCAGCUGACGGAUUGGUCCAAUGGAUUGCAUCCCACAUUCGGGCAGGUGGAGAAACGGCAGUCAUGGCCAUAAUGUUGUGUUUAUUUGAACUGCCGAUCAUUUUUGCUAUCCUCAGCUCGAUCGCGAUACUCAUAUAUGGACUUCUCAAGGAGAGCUUAACAUACUUACGAGCUUUUCUGAUGGUAAUGAUUUUCGUUGUCGUCGCUGAAACCAUCGAAGUAUUCAUGCUUUACUUUUUCGCCUCUGCAAUCGUAACGAUAAAAUCUUUCUCCGCACCAACACUCUGGAUAGGUUUGGACUUUUUAUCCAUAGUCGUAGUCCAUAGUUACCGAGUGAGUAUGACCAGAAAACUCUCGUCCCAGGAGGCAUUGCAGCACAGCCAAUCGGACUGACUAUGCUUGCUUACUUUCGAAUGAAAUCGAUCUGGAACCUAAUCUGACCACCCCGAAUCAUAUUUCUAUGAACGUUUGUCAAAAUAUGGGAUCCGACUCCAUUGGCCACUUCGUUGUCUCCCAUAGGCGAAGGAUUGUAACUCUGGCCAGAUUGCAAACUUGACGAAUCGAACGAUGCAACUAUGUAAAAUUAAGACAAUCCAUGGUGUUCAAAUGAUCAUCGGGGGUAAGACUAAAUCUUACAUGAUCAUCAUCACAACAGGGCCGGAUUUACCUACUUGCCGCCCAUGGGCCGCCUGUAUUUUGCCGCUCCCUUCUCAUUCGUAUUGAAACAUCAAU